AUGAAGGUUAGUCGUUGUGUAUUGUUUGGAGCUGCUGUUGCUGUUGUCCACAGCCGACCUGCCGUGAAACGUGCUAUCAAUGAUGCAACCAUUCUCAACUAUGCGUUGACGCUGGAGCAUCUUGAAGCAACCUUCUACCAACAGGGCCUACAGAAUUACACCCACGAGGACUUUCUGAAUGCUGGAUUUCCGGACCCUUUUUAUUCCAAUUUGGAACAGGUCGCAUCAGACGAGCAAAAUCAUGUCGAGUUCCUUACAGGUGCCUUGACGGGUAUGUAG